AUGCGACGUAUCGUAAUACUGGGCUCCACCGGGUCCAUUGGCCGGCAAACGCUGGACAUCGUGCGGGCUUUCCCCCACGAGUUCGAGGUCGUUGGACUGGCCGCCGGCAACAAUACUGCCCUGCUGCUGGAACAGAUUUCCGAGUUCAACCCCCGCUACGUAUGGUGCAACCACCCGCCGGCGCCGCUGCCGUCCGGCGUGGCGCUGCUCCCCAUGAACGAAAUGGCGGCGCUGCCUGAAGUCGAUCAGGUGAUGGUUGCCCUGAUGGGUGGAGUGGGUCUGCAUCCCACCAUGUGCGCCCUGCAGGCCGGCAAGCAGGUGGCCUUGUCCAACAAGGAACCCGUGGUAAUGGCCGGCCCGGCCUUGAAGGCAGCCGAGCGCAAGCACAACGCCACGAUUUUGCCGGUCGACAGCGAACCCAGCGCCAUCUGGCAAUGCCUGCAGGGUGAGGACAACCACAUUCGCCGUCUGAUGAUUACGGCCAGCGGCGGCCCCUUCCGUCGCACUCCGCUGGCCGAGCUUGAAUCGGUUACUCCCGAGCAGGCGUUGCAGCACCCCACCUGGCGCAUGGGCGCAAAAAUAACCGUCGAUUCGGCCACCCUGAUGAACAAGGCCUUCGAGAGCACCAUCCAUUCCAUGGUGGAAUUCGACGACGGGUCGGUGAAGGCCCAGCUGGGCCCGCCCAGUAUGCGGCUGCCAAUCCAGUACGCGCUGUUCUAUCCCAAACGGUUGCCCAACGCCGAAAUCCCCCGCCUGGACAUCGGUGUUGCCUGGUCGCUGGACUUUGAACCGCUGCAACCGGAGCGUUACCCAUGCUUCGGGCUCGCCAUCACCGCCGGCCAGGAGGGUGGAACCAUUCCCGCGGUUUUGAGCGCCGCCGAUGAGGUUGCCGUAGAAUCAUUUUUGCGGGGCAGCAUCGGCUUCACCGAUAUUUACCGGGUGGUCGAAAAGGUUCUGGCGCAGCAUCAGAAUCAACCCAACCCGGAGCUCGAUGCCAUCAUCGACGCCGACCGCUGGGCCGGCAAGCGCGCGGGAGAAAUCGCCGCCGCCCUUGCCCGCUAG